UAUCUGUGCCGACCACGAAUCUGUGCCGAAAACACCAAUUUUUGCAACGCGCAAAAAUGUGCGCAGAAGCUAUCACACUCCCUCAUUUAACCUGGGCCUCUGGGGAGGGACAGAGGUCUUUUCCGAGGGUUUCCCCAUCAUUCCUCUACCGUCGAGCUCUGACCAUCCAGUCCCCCCCACCCCCACCUUUCAGCCCACCAUCGCCUGAAUAUCAGCUCUGUUCCUACGAUUUUGUUUAUACUUGAACUUCAGAAUCCAUUCCUUUGCCUAAGGUUAUUUGAAUCUCAGGCAGCCGAAACAUGAUUCCGGUAGUGCAAUUUUCGUUGCCGUCGCCGGGCCGCCUGAACUCGAUACGUUCCACUUCCGCCUCGACGAAUAACUCCAAGCUACACGUUCUCCGCCCGUACGACAAGCGUCUUCAGCCUCCGUUUAUUCUACAUUACCACGAGCUACGCGGUCUUAUCAGAGACGGGCGGCUACUCGCAGCGCAGAGCGUCUUGUAUUCCGUCACUCUCAAACUCGAUCGUGACUCCGGAUGUUCGCAUAUGGACAAGGACGAUGGCCAGAAAAGAGAUACCGAUGGGGUUUCCAGAAUGACGGGCCCCUUUGGCAGAGCUCGCACCCCACCCUACAAGGAACUCAGGAAGACUCCUUCGAUGGAAUCAUGGGGUAGGGGUCUGGAGGAUGAAGAUCCAUACGGCCAUGAAAGUCUUAGAACCGUCGAUUGGCGCAGCUCAUCGGGGAGCGAAUCAUCGGAUUCGUCAACAAAAAUGGGCUCAAGCAGCAAGAUUCUCCGCGAUCUCAAGAGGCUGCCCGACUGCGAUACAUUCGAGCGCACUCGGGUGUGGGUGAACUUCGGAACCUACACUGUUUCGACCGACCUCACUCCCUGGCAGUUACUCAAGUACCGAGUGCAAAGCAACCGAGCCAAGCGCGACGAAGAAAUUGCCCGCGUGAUCGAUCUGAGCACAUUGCUGCUUUCGAAGCCGGCCGUGGGCGCCCAAGCCCAUUCCGGCGGAUACGAAGGGCAGCACGAACGACAGCACGAACGACAGCACGGACGUGGAGGAGAGACACGGCGCAGCGGAUCAAAGGGUGAUUACAGGGCGUCGGGAGCGGGUGGACAGCCGCCGAAGCGGCACAAGUCGUCCAACAACGGAGGCGCGGAUUCGGGACGGGGGCCACCCCAGGACAACGCGUCAACUGGUGGAGACGCGCCUUCCGCUGGCAGUGCUAAUGCGAUACUCUGCUCAUUAUGUCCUGAAGAUCCACUGUUCACGACUACGGAUGAGCUUCUACAGCAUCGGGUCAGAAUUCAUUGCUGCCCCAUAUGCGAAGAGAAGCUGCAAACGGAUGAAAUCGGUCGUUGGGUUGUCCCGCCACAAUCCGAAAUCACCUUUUUUAGAAACAAUGCAGAUAUGAAGCAACAUAUUUCUCGGAUUCACCUGAAGCCCUACAUGUGUCCAGUUACCGAUUGCGGCCAGCGAUUGGGAAACGGCUCGUACAAGAGGCACUUGCGGGAACUACACCAUUAUGACGAAGCCAUAAUCUACAGCAUGCUUCACGCCUCCGGAGCCUCCAAUCUUGGAUAUCAGCGACUCACGGACCUUGUACUAUUAUUCAAAAACAAUUGCCCCGAUAAAGAAACAAUGAGGGGAAUUUUGUACCGAAACGGGACGAAACUCUACGACUGCGAAAACCUAUCGAAAAUCGUCGAUAAUUUGGAAACGCACGGCAGCAUUCCGUACGGUCGGAGUACUAGUCGACGGGUGAACUCACGAAGCCGGAGGGGCGGAGGCAAACGAGUGCAUGGAGGUUCGAGACGCCCGACGAAUCCUGCCGUGCCGUCCAUCCAGGCAGCACCGGUACCCGACCAUCCGGUUGAGCCCGCUGGUACAGCAAUUGGACCUGGCUCAGGACAGACUUUUGGAAACAACGCUGCAAUCUUCACUUUUGGCAACGGCGAUGCGGGUCGCAGCCAACCCAACGAGCACACUCAGCAACCCUACCCGGCUGCGUCGUCUUAUGCCGAACCGCCCUUCCAGCACAACGGCCCAGCUUCUGGGGAAGGCCUCGCACCCAUGGCUGUUACUGCUCCGCAAUUCUCCCACAACUUUCCGGCCGGUGAGCGACAAUCUCACCCAGGAGCAAUGCAUUUGACACCUGCAGUCCCACAUCAUGCUGCGACCGCCCUGAGCACCUCCUCCACACCCAGAUUACCGCCUCAGCUUCCAAAUCCCACAGCCACUGCGCCAGACACCUUCGAACCGGGGCCACCUCCGGCAACCCAGGAUGUGGACCCCGCGGUGAUGGAGCACCCACUCAUUGAUUCUCGCUUGUCAUCGCCAUUAGUUUUAGAAGACUGGGUGCAUUUUGAUUUGAACUUGCUGUACAGUGAUUUUAAUGACGAGUUUUCCACUCCUUUAAGUCUGAUCGACAACUCGUCCAACACCGCGGGCAAUUCCAGCGCUGGUGGUGGGGCACUCAUAGUACCUGCACAGGUGGAUCGGAGAACCCAACCCUCCGUCUUUCCCGCAGAACAGCAGGGCUCACAUUGCUCCGGGCUCCAGGACGAAGAAUCGCAAGGAUGCGACCAGGAACCCGGAGAGGAGGACGAGGGUGAGGCCGGGAAAGAUCUUACCGCAUUAGGUGCCAAUAUCUUGGUAGACCUCGAGGAGUUUCGCGAAUUGGCGGCAUUAAUUUCCAGCACCACCCGCCGGCACGGAAACGGAUUGACGGUGGCCAAGAUGCUCUACGCAUGGGAAUCGCGAGCACUGAUCCUCGCGAUCCUCGCGCACGGAACGACCGCCGCCAAACCGGAGUUCACCGCUUGGCCGAAACAGUCUUCGUCGAAGGCCACCACCACCACCAUCGCCGGCUACGGGAUCUCUGACGAGGAGCUCAACUCCCUGCACUACAAAGUCCUGAUGAAACUGAAGAGGUUCAGGAGGCUGUGGGAGGCGAUGUCUUCCAACGCGAACAGAAACACAGCCGCUAUCCUGGCGAAGCUGCUCUGCGGGGACGAGUCCUGCCCGCUCAUCGAAGCGAUACGUCAGUAUGCGGAUGAGGCCACCGCUUUGGCCGCGCCAGACACGUCAACUUCUCCGGGCGAUGUUUACGAAGAUACUGCAACCUUCAAUCGAAGGCAUCCACAAUCAGGUCAGUUGGCAUACCUACCAUGUUCCGUUGGAUUCUCGGGGAAAGACCGUACUGACUGGUCGAUUAGAAGCGUUUACGCACGCCGAUAGCGCCAUCGAUGCCGACAGUGUCGCGUAGGGGCGAACUGCUCCCCUACUUGCAGUAGCCGGUUGAAGUCCGAGAAGGCGCGAACACGACAGUUCAACUACUACUAUGUAAAUACAUUUGUACCCGGGAACCCCAUUCUGUUGUUUUUUUUCUCAUCUGCUGAGCGAUCACUUAAUACCUAUUUCCUUCUUAUUCUUGUUUCACGGACAUUCUACUGCGUUGCUGAGCGACGAUUUUGUUGGUCGGUCUUGUCGGAUUUUGCAUGGGUUUUUUGGGUGGGGUAGAUGGCCUUAUGGUUUUUGCACAUAAUUUUGUAUAUUCUUGUUUCCUGGGGGACGUUCAACGGCAGCGGGCAUGUAAUGGGUACUAUGAAGGAAGUGGAGAGGAAUCGAUGGGAUGGAUUAGAUAGCGGUAGUUAGCGGGUUCUCUGCAUAUCUAAAAAUACAUUCAAGC